UCGGUUAUCGGUCAUCGAUAGCGUGGAUGAAAUUGAAUUGUUUUUGUUUGUCUUCGCGGCGUUUCUUUAGUUUUUGUGUUAUUUAUGAGGCUUGCCAACGAUGCUACCGAACGCCAACGAUAAGAAGGAUCGCUAUGCCAAGUUGUCCUUCCUGGGCGAGGGUCAGUUUGCCAUUGUGUAUAAGGCCCGGGACACAGUAACUAGCCAAAUUGUCGCCGUGAAGAAGAUCAAGAAGGGAUCCCGUGAAGAUGCCCGUGACGGCAUUAACAGGACAGCUCUGCGAGAGAUCAAGCUCCUGCAGGAGUUGCAGCAUGAGAAUAUCAUUGGUUUGGUCGAUGUGUUUGGCCAACUUUCGAAUGUCUCGCUCGUUUUCGAUUUCAUGGACACCGACCUGGAGGUGAUCAUAAAGGAUCCCAAGAUUAUUCUGACUCAGGCGAAUAUUAAGGCAUAUGCCAUAAUGACGCUAAAGGGUCUGGAGUACCUGCAUCUGAAUUGGAUACUCCAUCGCGAUUUAAAGCCUAACAAUUUGUUGGUCAACAGCGAUGGUGUCUUGAAAAUUGGAGAUUUCGGUCUAGCCAAAUCGUUUGGCUCCCCAAAUCGCAUUUAUACGCAUCACGUGGUCACCCGCUGGUACCGUUGUCCAGAAUUGCUAUUUGGCGCCCGACAAUAUGGAACCGGAGUCGAUAUGUGGGCAGUAGGCUGCAUUUUGGCGGAACUUAUGUUGCGAGUGCCAUUUUUGCCGGGCGAUUCGGAUCUGGAUCAAUUGACCCGGAUCUUUGCCACAUUGGGAACACCAUCAGAGGCGGAAUGGCCACAUUUGGCCAAGCUGCAUGAUUAUCUGCAGUUUAGGAACUUUCCUGGAACUCCAAUGGAGAAUAUCUUUACAGCCGCUGGCAAUGACUUAAUCCUACUGAUGCGCCGACUUUUUGCCAUGAAUCCGCUGCGACGAGUAUCCUGCCAAGAAGCCCUGAGUAUGCCGUACUUUGGUAAUAAACCUGCUCCAACAGUUGGCCCUAAGUUGCCCAUGCCGUCGGCCAUUUUGGCUGCCAAGGAGAGCUCCACUCCGAAGUCUGGUGAUGACAAGCCCGCCCUCAAGCGAAAGCUGGUGGAGACAACGGUAAGGGGCAAUGGAUUGGCCCAGAAGAAGCGUCUGCAGUUCUAGAAUAUACUAAAGGUACCAACAAAAUUCAUUUCAUUCUUAACACUAAAAUAUUGUCAAACAUUUUCUAUUCUAUCUUAAAUAUUCCUAAUAGGAAAAAAAUCCGUAUAGAUUUCUUAUAAAAUUAAUUGGAAAAUAAGUUUAUUACUUCAAUUAUUUGAAUAGAAAAUAUGAUUCGUAAUUACCUUGCGAUUAUUUAUUUAUAUUUAAUACUCAAGGAUUUCUUUUUGACUUGCAUCAUUAAUUUAAGAUAUUAAUUUCUCUCCUUUGAAAUCUCUAUUCUAAGUUGCAGUUGAAAUUAUUUGUCAGUUGUUGGAGGAAAUUUGUUCAUUUACCUGAAGAAAGACCUUAACUUGCAUUGUUACAAUUUUAAAUUUACUUGCAAGCCUUUUUGUUUUCAAUUCACCUUACCUUAUUUUCUGUAUAGAUAUAAGCUAAGACUAUGCAUAAGAUGAGGUUGAUUUAUUAAAGAUGUGCUUUAAAGAGAAA